AUGCGUUCAAGCAGAUGGAACAGGCGUAUCGACAGAUUCUUUACCAUCCGACCACAGAUCAGAUCCGCCAUCACUCAUGGAACCUUCUUCUGGCAUGCAAGCCGAGAAGGAUGCAUCAGCAAGGGCACCAGUGUUCAUGGCGGUUUGAGGACCAAGCUCUUUAGCCCGAAAGACUAUGAGAUCGACAGAGAUGUCGUCGGAUUCACCAUAAUUGAAGCACAUGAGAUUGACGAUAUUGGCAUGAGUGGCAUCGUCAAGAAAGUCAGGGACGCAGUUGGCAACACGCCAGUGUAUCUUUCCAUCGACAUUGAUGUCCUCGAUCCGAGCAUUGCCCCAGCUACUGGAACGCCAGAGUCAGGCGGCUGGACAACGAGAGAGCUGAAGCGAUUCCUUAAGGGUCUUGAAGGGCUCAACCUGGUUGGUGCUGAUGUCGUUGAAGUUAGCCCGCCCUAUGACUCUGUAGCCGAGACAACUUCCGUCGCUGCCGCUGACUUGAUUGUCGACAUCCUGGCUGGCAUGACGAAGAAGAAGACCUUUGAUCCGCCCAGAAACGAGAAAGACGAGUUGUGA